AACGUGGUAAUUGGGAAACGUCGUCGUUUGGCACGUCUGAAUUGAACAUAUCUACGUUUUGAAUACGCCAACAGCAAACCUCAACAAAACCACGAGCUCUUUUCUUACACAAACUACCGAUCAGAUAAACCAGUCACGGAUUUGCUUUUUCUUUUUUCUGUUUUUUAGAUUUUCUGACGAAUUUCAGCCUCUGAGUACUUUACCUUUUGUGGUAAAAAAAAAGGGGGGCGGUGGUGAAAUGCAGACGGAAGCGAGGGUCGGAGUGGUGGUGGAAGGAGGGGGGCUGAAUACGACGCCGUCGGUGGCGGUGGAGCCGCGGAGGCAGAGGCAUAUCGACACCGUGUCGCAGCUUCUCGCCGGUGGAGUAGCGGGAGCCGUUAGUAAGACUUGUACGGCUCCCCUCGCCCGCCUCACAAUUCUAUUUCAGAUUCAGGGCAUGCAUGCCGAUGCUUCUAGCUUAGAAAAGGCUAGUAUAUGGCGUGAAGCGUCGAGAAUUGUUAGAGAAGAAGGAGUGAGAGCAUUUUGGAAGGGAAAUUUGGUUACGAUAGCCCAUCGUCUUCCUUAUUCUUCCAUUAGCUUUUAUGCAUUCGAACGCUACAAGAAUAUGUUGCAAGAUAGUUUUGGAGUUGAAAAUCCAGGCGAAAAUAUCGGGGCAGACCUUUGCAUCCGCCUUGUCGGUGGCGGUUUGGCUGGAAUAACUGCCGCUUCUCUUACGUACCCCUUAGAUCUUGUAAGAACACGCCUUGCAGCACAGACAAAUGUAGCCUAUUACAGAGGGAUAUGGCAUGCCUUAAGUACCAUUAGCAAGGAAGAAGGUGUCUUUGGUCUUUACAAAGGACUUGGUGCAACUUUGUUGGGUGUUGGCCCAAAUUUGGCAAUUAGCUUUUCAGUAUACGACACUACGAGAUCUUAUUGGCAUUUUCAUAGGCCUGAAGACUCAACUGUUUUGGUCAGCCUUGCAUGUGGUAGUCUUUCAGGAAUUGCAUCUUCAACAGUGGCAUAUCCUUUGGAUCUUGUGAGGCGGAGAAUGCAGUUGGAAGGAGCUGGCGGUAGAGCUCGUGUCUAUAAAACAGGUGUUUUCGGUACAUUCAGACAUAUAAUCAGAACCGAAGGCUGGCGUCGUUUAUACAGAGGAAUUCUGCCAGAAUAUUACAAGGUUGUACCGAGCGUGGGUAUUGUCUUCAUGACAUACGAAAAACUAAAGCAAGUUCUCUCCACUAUUCCUUAAUGUUGACCACACGGACUACUACAAGACAAAAAAAAAACAAACAAACAAGUCGGUAUGUUCAGUGUUUCUUGAUCUUAUUUAUGAUACGGUGCUGUUAGAUUUUGCGCGAUUGUUGUAUAGAUGGAGAGAAAAGAACACCAUUCUAGUAAAGUUAAAAGUGUAUCAAAAAACAUUUUUUACAAUGCCCAUAUAUUAAUUAAGUUUAAAGAUGAUUGCUUU